CCGAUGGAAUCCGCCAUCCAGGAGGGAACUCGGAUGUCACAGAGGAUCGGCACAGAUAAGGAUGUUUCUGUUCCUUUUGUUACUGUUCCUGAUGUUAGUGCAGUUGUGUCAAAGUCAGACAGUCAUGUUGUGGCAGCAGAGGGUAGCAGAGGGUAGCAGAGGGUUCAGGCUGGGGAUGGUUGUGAGGGGAACGUUUCACCAGGGAGAUGAGCGGUUUGUGUAUCGAGGGUGGCAGUGUAUGGCUAUAGGUUUGGCCAGCUUAGCCAAACACACAUUGUUGAGUGUGUUCUCGUGGGAUAGGUUUGAUGUUGAUCGCGCGUUGGUUGUAGGUGAUGAGUUGUACAUUAGUUUGCUUGACCUGAACAUUUUUAGCCACGAAUCAAAUCUCCUGUCUGUUGGAGAUUUGCCAAAGCACUUUGAGAUAGGGGAGCAGUUGUUUAGCUUUAGCCACGGUGACACAGUGUUGGGUGAAGUAGGCGUGACUGAGGGUGAACACAUCGACAGCGGUGUGUUCAUCAGUCUGAGAAAUGGACUGGAGAGGGUCUUCAGUCAGUAUACUAAAUGUAUUAUGACGCUGUGUGGGAGUAGUUCUGUCAUCAUUUGUGAGGAUGGACGGUUUGCUGUGGUAGACAGUCACUCGCAUUGUGACAUUGGGUUAGUGCAUAGUGAUGGUAAAAGUGUGGUGUUGCAGUUUGAUUGUCUGGAUGAUCUCUAUGGAUACAUCUGUUGUUUGGCAGACAGUCUCAGUUCUAGGCAGAAGCUCUUUGAGCUGUGUGGCGUUAGUGUCAGUGAGGGUGCAAGCCCAGUGCUGUCUUGUGUUUCUGUGGAGAGCUGUAUUACUGAGAUGAGUACUGCUCCAGUGGCAGACUAUAGUGAUGUUUCUGAGGCGAGGGUAAAACACAUUACCUCAGGAAAUUGUGUGUCUGAGUGUGGUUUUAGUGUAACUGUAAGUCCAGCACUGUCUGGCAUUUCUGUUGUGACUUUAGCCAGUCAGGUGAGCAGUGGUUCAGCGGCAGAGUCAACAGUUAGUGAUGGUAGAAAGCGUAAAAUUUCUUCUCGCACUAGUGUGUUGAAGAAAUUAAAGACAUUUGAUGUUAGUGAGGUUAAUGCAGAUGUAGAAUUUGUUAGUGCUGCGGUAAAUGAGGAGCUGCUCUUCCAACCUCUUAGUGUAGAUGUCUGUAAAGCUUUGUGUAGCAAGUUGAAUAUAGACUUUGGGAAGGUCAGUGGUUCGGUGUCCACAGAGGUGGGGCUGUUAGGGGUCCCAUGUUUAAAUGAGAGGAUUGUGGCUGAUGGUAACUGCUUCUUCAGAGCCAUCUCUCAGGCUGUGAGUGGCUCACAGAAGCACCAUCGCAAGAUUAGGCUAGCUGUUUGUAAGGAGUUAGAAAGGAAUGCAGAUAAGUAUGCAAGUCUUCUGAGAAGUGAGUAUUCAUCUGUUUCAGAGUAUCUUCAGCAGUCCAGGAUGAGAAAUGUGAACAGUUGGGCUACAGAGGUAGAAAUCCAGGUCACAGCAGAUUGGUUAGGAGUUAGUGUGUGUACUUUUUAUGAUGGACGUUGGUUGAAGUACAAGUGUAACACUACGUGUUUGUCAGCAGAGUGUAUUUAUGUAGAGAAUGUCAUGGGACAGCAUUUUGAGAACACUGUUUGUGUGCAUAAGCCUGGACUGCAGACUUGUUAUAGUUAUUGUAAAGUUAGUGAAGUGUCAGGUUAUAGCAUUAGGUCUAGAGUGACGGAUGUUGUGGAUAGAGAGAAGUUAGCAGUUGGAUGUAAUGAAUGUGUAGGGUCUGAAGGUGUAGGUCAUAAGUCUGUAAAAUCCAAGUAUUUGAGGCAGAGGAAAGGGACACAGGAGAAAAUGAGUAGGUUGCUUAGGGAGAGACGUCAAGAAAAGUUUUUGAAGAUGUAUCAGGAAAAUGUAUUGUAUAGAGAAAGUGUUAAAGCGAGGAAGGUUAGUAAAUAUACAGAGAACAUCCAGCACAGGCAGAUGGUUAAAGCGAUCAGUAAAGCUAAGAGUAUAGCGAAGUAUAGAGAAAGCAUCGAGCACAGGGAGAAAGUUAAAGCGCUGAGUGUUAGUAAAUAUAGAGAAGACAUCCAGCACAGACAGAGGGUUAAAAUGAUGAGUGUUGGUAAAUAUAGAGAGAACAUCCAGCACAGGCAGAGGGUUAAAAUGAUGAGUGUUGGUAAAUACAGAGAGAACAUCCAGCACAGGCAGAGGGUUAAAGUGAUUAGUAAAGCUAAGAGUAUCGUGAAGUAUAGAGAAAGCAUCGAGCACAGGGAGAAAGUUAAAGCGCUGAGUGUUGGUAAAUACAGAGAAAGUGUUGAGCACAGAGAGAGGGUUAUGGAUAGUGUCAGGUUAAGUAGGAAGCAGAGGAUGGAGAAGUCAGUAGACUUUGGUUUUGUUACGGAGCAGUUUUUGGAAAAGGUCAGAGAUGGUCCAGAUUUUGUGUGUUGUGUGUGUCAUAGGUUGUUGUUUAGAAAUCAGGUGCAGAGCUGUGUAAGGGAAGUGUAUGGUACAAGUUUAGCUACAGCGGGUAUUGCCGACAAGUGCCUUAGUGAGAAGUAUUUGCAUAGAUGUAAUGAUCAGUGUGUUGUACCUUGUCAGUUGGUGUUGUGUAGUGGUCAGCUGUGGAUUUGUCAUACGUGUCAUCGUAAGAUUAGUGCAGGUGAGAUGCCAGCUGAAUGUUGGAGUAAUAACUUGGAUGUUGAUCCCGUUCCACCAGAACUGGGAUGUCUGAAUAGUUUAGAGCAGCAUUUGAUAGCCUUGCAUAUUCCUUUUAUGAAAAUGUUGGCAUUGCCUAAAGGGGGGCAAAAUGGAGUACAUGGUCCAGUGACCUGUGUUCCCGCCAACAUUACGCAAACUAGUAAUGUGUUGCCGCGUUCGAGUAUGGAAGGGUCUUUGGUGCAGGUGAAGUUAAAGCGCAAGUUGACAUAUAAGGGACAUUACGAGUACCAGUUUGUGGAUCCGUUGUAUGUAAGACAGGCGCUGGAGUAUUUAAAGAGGACCAAUGUUCAUUAUAGAGACAUAGAGUUUAAUGAGGAGUGGAUUAAUGAGUUUUGUAGGCAGGAAGAUGGGGACAGGGAAGAGGCUGGAUCAGCUAGUGAGGAUGAAGCUGGUAGAGGAAGUGAGGAAGCUGGUACAGGAAGUGAGGUUGUUGGUCAGGUUGUAGAAAAGGCUGAGGUUGAUGAUUUAGCAGAAUCAGCAGACAUAGUACAAGAUGAAAUGUUACAUGACAGACAGCAGCACUGCAUGUUUCAGGACACUUGUCUUAUGCCUGUUGAUAUUGGUCAGGAAGCAUUAGAUCAGUAUUUUGAUGAUAUUGUGAAUAUAGCGCCUGCAGAGGGAAAUAGUCCAGUUAGGAUGCUUUCUGACCGGAGUAAUGAAGCAAAGAGUUUCCCUGUAUUGUUUCCUCUGGGUCAGAAGACCUUCCAUGACAGUCGGCGUUAUCAGUUGAGUCUGUCGCGUUAUUUCAACAAUAGGAUUAUGCACUGCGAUGGUCGUUUUGCACGUAAUGUAGAGUACAUAUUUUUUGCUCAGUACAUGUCAGAGGUUGAUCAGGUGAUGUCGAGUGUUUCUGUAGCGUUGCGUAAAGGUAAGGGAGGUCAGAGGUCUCAAAGGAUUAGUCAGAGUAUGCUGAAGGAUGAGGAGUCUCUGAAGCAGUUGUUGCAGUUUGAUGAUGGAUUUCGGUUUUUAAAGCCUCUUCGUGGGACCCCUGCGUUUUGGAUAUCCGUGCAGAAGGACGUCUUGGCGUGUGUGCGUCAGUUAGGGAUUCCGACGUGGUUUUGCUCGUUUUCGUCUGCAGAUCUGCGCUGGCAGAAUCUCCUGACCAGCAUCCUGAAGCAGGAAGGCAGAACGCAGACAGUAGAGGAUUUGGAGUGGGCAGACAGGUGUCAGUUGUUGCGUGGUAACCCGGUUACAGCAGCAAGGAUGUUUGAUUACAGAUGGCAUUGUUUUCUGAACGAGGUUCUCAUGUCUCCUGCUCAACCAAUUGGCAAAAUCAUAGAUUAUUUUUAUAGAGUCGAGUUUCAGCAGCGCGGUUCUCCUCACGUUCACUGUCUGUUUUGGAUUGAGGGUGCUCCCCAAAUUGAUAAGAAUACAGACGAGGAGGUUGUAGAGUUUAUUGAUAAGUACGUAUCGUGCGAGUUACCCUCAGAUGAUGACGCAUUAUUGGACAUUGUGUCAUCAGUGCAAACACAUUCCAAACGACAUUCAAAGUCAUGCAGGAAAAAGAAGACUGUAUGUCGUUUCAAUUUCCCAAAACCUGUGUCUGAGCGUACAUUUAUUUGUAAAAUAGAAGAAAUAAAAUGCACAUGUGACAAGAAGGAGGCAGAGAAGACAGGGGAGGAUCCUCAGUCAGAAGACAAACCAGUCUGUAGGUGUUUUGACAGGAGUAACAAGAUGAGAGCAGAGAUUGCGAAGUCCAUAUUGGAAUCCGUUAAGAAAGCAGUGGAAAGUGAGUCGUUUGGUAGUGUAGAGGAGUUAUUUAUGAGUGUGGGCAUUAAUCAGGAGAUUUUUGAAAUGGCAUAUAGGAAAAUGCAAAAGAAGACCAAGGUAGUUUAUAAGAGAGGAGUAAAUGAAGUUUGGGUCAAUCAGUAUAGCAAGCAGUUGUUGAAGUGUUGGAACGCUAACAUUGAUGUGAGCUUUGUAACUGAUGCGUAUGCAGUUGUUGUGUAUAUAAUAUCGUAUAUUACAAAAGCAGAGAGAGAAAUUGGCCUGUUAUUGAGUAAUGCCCAAAAAGAAGCCAAAAACCAAGCAAAUGUCUCAGCUAAAGACGCGUUGAAGAAGUUGGGUAGUGUGUAUUUGCAUAAUAGGGACGUUAGUGCUCAGGAGGCAGUGUAUAGGUUAACGAACUUGCAUUUGAAGGAGUGCUCUAGGAAGGUUGUGUUUGUGCCGACAGGGAAUAAUAUAGUGAAGAUGAGUUUACCCCUCAGUGUUUUGAGGCAGAGAGCAUCUGCACACGAUCUUAGCACAGAAGAUAUGUGGAUGACGAGCUUCGUGGAUAGAUAUAGGAACAGGCCCGACGGUGAUGUGUUUGAAAAUAUGUGUAUGGCGACAUUUGCGUCGGAGUAUCGUGUUCUUUCCAAAAACGAAAAGUCUCCGGACAUGAUUCGAUUGAAAAAUGAUUUGGGCUUCAUUUUGAAGAGAACACGUACUCAGUUUGCGGUUGUUCGGUACAUGCGCGUUAGUUUGGAAAAACAUCCAGAGUUGCAUUUUCAGAGUUUGCUGCAGUUGUUCCUUCCAUAUAGAACUGACUCAGACCUCAAACCUGAAGGCUUUGAGCUGUUUGAACAGUUCCAUGAGGAUGGAAGUGUGACAUUUAGUGACGGGUCAGUACAUGCGGUUAAGGACGUGGUGAAGGAUAAUAGAGCAGUGUUUGAUGUAGAUAAUCCAGAUUUAGACCGUGCGCAGGAGAUUGCAGAGCAGCAUGGUGUAGAUGAGGAGGAUGCUUGGGGGGAGCUGUGUCCUGAACAGGAAGUUGAACGCCUUGAGUGUUUGGAGGAGAGAAGGCAGCAGCAGGGAUCUGAGAUAGCAGAGGAGCAGUUACAAGAACGUCUGGAGAAUGUGCCAGAUUUGGUUGUUGGUAGUAGACAGGUAGCGCAGUUGGAGAGGAAGAGGAAUGUGAUGUGUAGAAGUGAGGGCUUAGCUUUAGUUAGGUCUCUGAAUGAGACACAGAUGGCUGUGUUUUAUAAGGUCAGACAGUGGUGUUUGCAGAAGGUGAUGGGUAAAAACCCAGAACCUCUGCAUGUGUUUGUGACAGGUGGUGCAGGGACGGGGAAAAGUCAUUUAAUUAGGGCUAUUCAGUAUGAGGCAGGGAGGUUGUUGUCCACACUUUGUGAUCAACCAGACGAUAUUUGUGUUUUGUUAACCGCACCUACAGGCAUAGCUGCAUACAAUUUAAAUGCAGCAACAAUUCAUCACACAUUCAGUAUUGGCACACAUGCCAGUUUGCCUUACAUCCCUUUGGGUGAGGACAAACUAAACUCUUUGAGAGCCAAAUUUAGUCACCUCCAAAUUGUAAUCAUAGAUGAAAUCAGUAUGGUUGAUCACAAUCUGUUGGCAUAUGUUCAUGGUAGGUUAAGGCAGGUGAAGCAGACGGGCGACUUUUCCCCAUUUGGUAAUGUCAGUGUGAUAGCUGUUGGAGACUUCUAUCAGUUGCCUCCCGUUAAAGGGAAGCCUCUGUAUAGCUGUCCGCUUGGUGUGGACCUGUGGUGUGGUUUUAGUAUAGUGGAGUUGACAACCAUAGUUAGGCAGAAGGAUAGUGUGUUUGCAGCGUUGCUGAACAGGUUGAGAGUGCGUUCAAAGGCCACCCCCAUGUUAGCUAGUGAUGUUGAAAUAUUAAAGGCUUGCGAGACAGGGGAAGAGAGCUCUGCUUUGCAUAUUUUUCCAACCAAUAUGCAAGUAAGUGAGCAUAAUUUUAUGCAGUUGAUUACCAUGUGUCCAGAUUAUGUUGAGAUAGAAGCCAAAGAUUUCAAACAUAACAGGAAAACAGGCCAAUUGGAAUGUACAGCAGGGCAUCAUAGUAAUGCGGACACAUGUUUACCGGAUAGGUUGUGUUUGGCAAGGAACGCACGUGUUAUGUUAUGUAAGAACGUAGAUGUUGAGGACGGUCUGGUCAAUGGCGCAUGUGGCACGGUAACUCAUAUCGAUUUUGGUGAUGAUGAGAAGUUUCCUAAAACAGUUUAUGUCAGAUUUGAUGAUGAGAAAAUUGGCUCACAGAGGAGGAAAACACGUGCACAUGCGGCAGUAGAAUGCAGGUAUUCUACUGCUAUUGAUCCCGAGGAGGACAGGGCAACUAAAGCAGGUGGUCUGCGAUUUCAGUUUCCUCUUAGGCUAGCGUGGGCGUGUACAGUGCAUAAAGUGCAGGGAUUAACGGUAGAUGAGGCUGUAGUGUCUUUGAAGAAGGUGUUUGCACCUGGGCAGGCGUAUGUAGCUUUGAGUCGUGUUAGGGCUUUGUCUGGACUGAUCAUCAGGGAUUUUAAAGAGAAGGCCAUUUACUGCAAGGAUGCCAUAAAGGAGGCCUUAGACAGCAUGCCCCCAUUUUUAAUUGAGCAGCCUAAACCUUCAUUAAGUGCACAAAGUUUCUCUGUGUAUUUAAUGAACGUUCAAAAUUUAAGUCGCCACCUGGCAGAUUUGGUGUCUUGCACACAGCAUUUACAGCCUAACUGUAUUGCUGUCACAGAAACGUGGCUCACUGCACAGUCCUCGUUAGACAGUGUCCAAAUUGAUGGAUAUGCUUUCCACAGUCGUCCGCGAGGUUUGUGUUACAGCAGCAGUAACCCCAAAUUGUUAGAGCUCCAGGAUCUAGAACAUGGUGGAGUUGGUUUGUACAGUGUAGGCAAUUUGGACUGUAGCAUCCUGCAGGCACCCGAUUUGAAUCUGGAGUGUUUGGUGUGCCUGUGUAGCAAAUUUAACAUUCUGAUGGCAGUAAUUUAUCGUCCACCAUGUUAUCCAAAGUCUUUAUUUAAACAAAAUCUGGGGAAAUUACUUGAUUGGUUGAAUCCAAUUAGUGACACAGUUGUAGUGAUGGGAGAUUUUAAUGAGAAUGUUUUGAAAAAAUCAUCAAUUUGUAAAUUCAUGGGGCAAAAAGGAUGUCAUCAGCAUGUAACACAGGAGACAACAGAAAAGGGGACAUUAAUUGAUCACGUUUAUGUUAAAACAGCACAGUAUGAUGUGGAAUGUGCAGUGAUGCCCACGUACUUCAGUGAUCAUGAAGGUAUUCUGUGUAGUUUUAGUGUGAGAGAUGAUCAGGGUGAGCUAGAGGACUUAGACAGGUUGUUUGAGGACUUUCAGGAUGUAGAGGUGGAUGCGUAGUGUUUAGAUGUGGAUUAGAUCAGGUUGGUUUGUGUAGCUUCAUGUGACUCAUACAAAGUCCCAGUGCAAAUGUAGGUAGUGGUGGUGUUAUUAUUGUUGUCAUUGUGUUUAUCUGUAGAGUUUUCAGAGGAAACUGACUUGUAGUUUGUUGUUGUGUUGAAAUUGUGUAGGUUUGCACGCACGUGAAGUUGUGUUAGUGUAGAGUCUGUCCCACUCCAUUGUGUGAAGAUUGUGUAUUGUAGGGAGAUUUGAGUGUAUUGUGUGGAAGUGUUUUUAGUAUGUUAUGAUUAUUGUGUAGAGAUUUUAGGUGAAACCAAUCAUGUAUUACAGGUGGAAUGAGUUCAGUGUUAGCUGUUGUGAAUAGUGUUAGUUAAUUAAUAUAAUCAUGGUUUUUACAGCUGUUAGUGAUUGUAGAUGUGUUGGUGUCUGUCUGCCACAUGUUGAUUGUUGGUCUCUGUUACGACUGUGAAUGUAUGUAUUUAUGCAUGUUAGAGUUUGUGGUUCUUUCAGUCCUGAUGUGUUCAUAUGCAACUGUUUCAGUCAUGAAAAUAUGAAAAGGUUAAUUUGACUCAAACAAAUACAUCAAUAGAAAAUAGACGGGCUUGAUGUUGCAUGUUUUCUGUAGCCCUCUAGUGUUCAAAAUUCUGAUCAGUAACUUAGAAAAGAUGCAACAGUACAAUUAUGAUGUUACAUAUGAACACAAGAGGAAAUGAUUGUAUUUAAUAAGUUAACAGUUAAUAUUAUGGUUGUUGUUAUUAUUUAUUUAUUUAUCAGUCAAUCAAUGUUAAUGAUAAAACCCAAUAUCACAAAUCACAAUUUGCCUCACAGGACUUUACAAGAUACGACAUCCCUCUGUCCUUGGGACCCUCACAGCUGAUCAUGAACCCCCCCCCCCCCCCCACACACACACACACACACACACACACACACACAAAAAAUGGUAGAAAGCUCAGGAAGAGCAACUGAGGAGGGAUCCCUCUUCCCAGACGGACAGACAGGCAGUGGAUGGCAUACAGAACACAUCAGCAUAAUAAACAGUAAUACGUAUGACACAAUGAGACAGAAAGAGAGAAAUACAGAGAGAGAGAGAGGUGCUGGAGAGACGGUAAUGACAGCAGCUUACAACAACAUUAAUCAUCUGGCAGGAGCACGGUAGCAACAGUAGCUUUUAAUACAGGAAGUGCAGUCAGUAGUUCAGAUAAGAAAUGCUCAUGUUUGUGUACAUGACUUUACAGCAACUCUGACCUUACAGCAAAUCUGUUCUGGCACCACAAGGCACAGACUCUUCAUUCUGCAUGUCUUAGCUGCCGAACAGGACACUUGUAAACCAAAAAUGUUGCUGCUGCUGCUGCUGCUGCUGCUGCUGUUGUUGUUGUUGUUGUUGUUGUUGUUGUUCCCACGAAUUCUCCUCCCCCUUGUGUCCCUCCAAUCUUAUGUUUUCUCUCUCCCUGUCCCUUUCAAACUUUGUAUAGGUCAUUGACACUGCUUAAAUGAAUUGAACAGUUGGUUGGUGGCGUUUCCUUUUUAACAGUAAUCUUUCUUCUCUCUGAGGUGGUUGAAAAUGCUGCUGUGAUGGAGCGUCCCAACCUCUGCAGUCCCCAAGUGAUAUUGAUGAGCAAGUGGAAUUUUGGGAAAAAAGUUCCACAUGUUUGUUUGUUUUUUGUGUGUGUGCAUGUUCUGCCCAAGAUGCACUGUAGUCUAUGUGAGGGGCAUGAUAAAAGUUCAAAAAGUAAUCCCAUGUCAAUUGUUGUUUGAGAGCAUGGACAGGAAGAGAAUGUAGGGCUGUUAAUUGAUCAUUUUUUUUCUACAUGAACUAUAAAGUGAAACAAUGAGUUAUGUAAAUGAAUGUCCUGACAUGUUUUGUUGCCAUAUUUGCAACCAAUGUAUUAACUAAAAUGUAACUGUGAUAUGUUGGCUAUGGAAACAAAAUGUCAUCUCCAAAGUAUCCACAUUCAAAUGAAAUACACUGUAAUGAUAAAUAAACUAUAUAAUGUUAA